AUGAAUUAAGAUGUUGAUUUUAUUUAGUGCAAACCAUCUAUUUCAAUUGAUUUUCAAAUGGAAGACUUACCUAAAUUUAAAAAUGAACCGAACAUUGUUGUAUUGUUUGGUUUUCCCUAUGACGAAGGCACAAUUAGAAAUAAGGGUAGAGCUGGAGGAGAAAAUGCAUAUGAAUAAAUUAUGCUAGCAUUAAAAUAAAAACUUAAGGAAUGUAACAUAUCAUAAAAGAUUAUACAUGUUGGAGCUGUACCUAAACAAUUAUCUUUAGAAGAUGCUCAUGAGUAUCUAUAUUAACAUGUUGGUGAAAUAUUUUAUUAAUUACCUUAAGCAAAAGUAAUUGUUAUUGGUGGUAGUAAUGAUCAAAGCUACCCAAAUUUUAAAGGAUUAGUUGAUGGAAUGCAAUCCAAAAAAUUAGGUGUUAUUAAUAUAGAUUCUCAUUUAGAUGUUAGACCAUUGAUUAAUUAAAAUUAAUCUCACUCAGGAUCUCCUUUUAGAAGUAUGCUUGAAGAUACAGAGCGAUUUUAGAAUAGUAAAUUUGUGGAAUUUGCAAUUAAAGGAUGUACUUGCUCUUAUGAACAUUAUAAAUAUGUAUUAAACAAAGGCGGUAAAGUUUAUUUCUUGGAAAAAGAUAUAAGAAGGCUAAAGGCUGAAAAUUAAGGAUUGUGUGCUAUGAAUAAUGUUUUAACAGAAUUUGAAGAGGAUAAUAAUAUUGAUUAUAUUUUCUUGUCUUUUGAUGUUGAUUCCAUAAAUAGUGCAUGGUGUCCAGGAGUAUCUGCUCCUUCUGUUGUAGGAGGAUUAACUAAUAUUGAAGCAUUAUCUAUUAUGGACAGAGCUAAAAAAUCAAAAAAAAUUAAAUUAAUCGAUUUGAGUGAAUUUAAUCCAGCAGUCGAAUGUGAACGUACCUCUAAUUUAAUUUCAGAAAUGAUUAUCACAUUCAUUUUAUGA